ACAUGGUUUUUCCUUUUCUUACUCUUAGUCUCACCCACACUCUUUAAUAAUGUGAGUGGUGACCAUUCUGUCAAAGAAAGGUCAGACCUGAGUCUGUACUGUGGAGCAUCUGGUAAACCAGUCCCUAGCAUCACUUGGACCAAAGUGUUUGAGAAUGGCAGUGAGAGCCAAGUGCUUCACACAGGAACUUCUUGGAAAAUUGCAAGCAUCAACCAAACCAAUGCUGGGAAAUACCGCUGUACAGCUUACAAUGGAAUAGGUAGUCCUGUCAGCCAUACUAUCACAGUGAAGGUUUUAUGUAAGUACAUGAACUAUGUAACAUGAAAUAAGCUUAUGCUAAAGAAAAGGAUAACAGUUGGACGGCUAAGGUGGUAUACUGUAAUUAUAAAUAAUGUCCUCGGAUGUCUAAGUGUCUAACCCUUCUCUUUUGACAAAUCUACCCUAUUCCAUACCAAUGUUGUCAUUUCUAUUUCUGUGAAUUCAAGCAUCACAAAUUGUCAUCUGAGAAUUCAGCCAACAAACUAGGGUGUCAUUUCUCUCACGGCCUGUUGUUUAGCAUGUUAUUCCUCAAAAUCCUGUGGAGGGUCAUAUUAAUUUCGUUGGCUUUACAUUCCAGUCAUACAAUAAUUAAAGGGUCAUGUAACAUUCAUUGGCAAUGUACAUAAAUAUGUACUUCUUGCAACAAUUAGCACAUUCAGAAUAGAAUCCCUGUAUGGUUGCUUUUUACAUAUACAUUCUUACAUUAAACAGCAGAAAUGAGCAUAGAAAUUCCAUACUGAUGACUCGUCACCACCUAGAUUGGGUGUGCUUGUUAUUAGCUGAAGCAAAUUUCCCAUGCAGCAAGACCAAGGAGAAGCUCUAUAACCCAGAUCUCGGUAGCCAUUCGUCUUCAGUAUGGAAUUUCUGUGCUCGUUUCUCAGAAGUCAUUUUGCGGGGUAACCUGUGGUUUCGUCACGAACUGUCCGCUGUUGUCCGACAAGCAAUUUUUGUGCUUACAUGUAAAUUGAAGAAGCUGCAAUUAGUUUUCAUUUCUCAAUGAUCAUACAUUGCUACACAUCUGCCUUAUAAGUUUGAUUUGAAAGCUUAUUAUUUGUGCCUUUCACAUGUACUCAUACACAAUGGACUCUGUGUCUAGUGGUCGGUGUUCACACUCAAGCAAUGGCUUUGACUAUUGUUAGUUUAAUACAUUAAUUGAGACUGUUUCCUUCCUUCAUCCAUGUAAAUAGGGGUUUGAUGGUUUUUUUAAUUAGAGGUUCAGUCCCAUAGUAAAAUGCAUUCAUUACUAUUGAUGAUACAUGUUGUUAAGGAAAGGGCAUAGCCACCAAAUUCAGUUCAGACUACGGUAAUUGCAGCAUAUAUUUAACACUAUUAUUGAAUGACAUUGAGUAGGAUGUGAAGAAUUACAGCUGUAUACAGACUGAUGAGGAUGUUAUAUAUUUACAUGUAUGUUAGAUAUUCCCCUAGAAAAUUGGAUAACAUCCAUCAUCCAGCAAUAUGUGUUUCCAUAAUUUAUUCUUGCAUUUCUUUCAUUCAAUUUACGUCUGAAAUUCAGCUAUUUCUUCUUCAAAUAGCAGUAAAACUUCCUUUUUUUAGUUCACUAUUGCCCAAGCAGCCUUAUUUCCAAUCAAAUAAUAUGCCAUCACUCAACAUCCUUUGUAAUCAAAUAUACCACGGAAUCGAUGGUACAUUGUCACCAUCUUCUAAAUAUGGCAAGCACCAGUUGGUUGUAAAGAAUCACUUGGGGGAUUAGAGCCAGUCAGAAAGCGCGAAAUAUUUUAAAUGAAUAAUAGUUUUAUUUAUUCUAAAUAUUUCGACAUAAUAUUUUUUCAUUGGCUCAAAGCCUCUGGCGUUGACCAACUGUGGGAGAUGGGAACAAUAUUCCUUUGAUUCAAAGGUAUAUAUAUAUGUUGGCUAGAAAUGAGGUUUAUCAAUGUUAUAUUGGAUUGGAAAGUAGGCUGCGUGGGCAAUGUACCAUUGAUCAACCUCAUCUCCAGGCGUGGCCACCUAGUAUAUUCACGACUGAAAUUUAAAAAAAGGCGUUCACAGUGAUCCGAAGACGAAAUACCUGAGUUUCUGACUAAAAUGGAACAGAAGAAAUGCAAGAAUAAGCAAAACAUAGUCUGCUCUAUGAAUGCGUUAUAUACAAUGUACUAGAGGAAUAUCUGCAAGAAGAAAUCAUUUGUUUAUAUCCUGAAUCCGUGCAGAGGCAGAGGUCAAAGUUUAGAUGAAAUUCACAUGGAGGCAAGCUUGUUAAGAAGUUAAAAAUAUAGCGAAUCAAUUAAAAACAAGUAUUGAAUUCGGCUUUAGUAUGAUGAGAACAAUAAAAAUGCAGACCUCGGUGGCUGUUUUCCACGAUGACAGUCUUCUCGAUCUGGACAAUUUUUCACACUAUACUCAGCAUCACUCAAUCAUUGUCAAAAGUAAAGGUGAACAGCCACUGAUGGUUAACUGGUUAUUAUUCUAGUUCCUCCAAAGCUUAUUCAUUCUGAUCAAGAGUACCAAGUUGCGUUGCAGCAGAGUGUUACUCUUCAGUGUCAAGCUGAAGGAUAUCCUGAACCAACGUUUUCAUGGAGUCCAUGCAAAGAUAGCUGCAAUACUGCUACCUUAACUAUUCCUGAGGUCUUGAAUGAUACUACCUAUACUUGUACAGCGACGAAUAGUGAGGGCAUUGAUUCAGCAAAUGCCAUUGUUGGUAAGUUGCAUCUCAACAGCUAAAUACUGGUUAGCUACCUGUACAUGUAAUAAGAAUAGGAUAAAGAUGCCCUAAUGUUACUGUAAUGACGCGCUGGGUUAGUGUAAGCUUGCGUUAAGAUCUUUCCUUGAUUUUUAGGAAAGUUAAAGGAAAGAUAGGUAAAUCUUUCACAUUUCGCGCAGUGUAUAUGCAGUAUGUAGUGAAAGAAAAAUUUAACGGCUAGAAAACUAUUUUGGCUUUUUAUUCCUUUGUUUAAUUCCCGAGUAGCCAGAGGUCAUUCUGACUUAUAGAUAGUAGUAGGGGAAUUGCGAUGCAGAAAGGGAUAGAAGGGUAAACCUUAAAAUGAAAUCGCAAGUGUAAGGCCUGAUAGGACUGGCUAGGAAUCAUCGCAUCUGUGUUUAGUUCAAAAGUCGUAUCUAACUUAACUAGUUUUUUUUUUUUUUUUUAGAGUGUGUCAGUCAGACACCUUUUCAUGUCGAUUAUUCAUGGCGUAUAGAGACUGUGAAGAGUGUGAAUAUUUUAGGACUCGAUAUUAGCAGUGAUUUAAAGUGGAAUGUCCAUGUGUCAAAACUAGUUAGGAAGGCCUCAACAAGACUAUAUUUUCUAAGACAGCUUAAGAAAUCGCAUGUUGCUAAAAGAGAGCGACUUCUACUUUACAUCACAAGCAUUCUUCUUCUUUUUUUUCUUACGGCAGCCCACUUUUUCAUCGCGAUCUACCAAGCUGUCUAUACGAAAACCUAGGAAGACUGCAAAAACGCGCUAUGAAGAUUAUUUACCCUGAGCUAUCAUAUGCUAAGGCUCUAGAGCUGUCCUGACUUUUAACACAGUACAUAUGCUUCUGCACAGUAUCAUAGAAGAGAGGCAAUUGCGGCGAUCUAUCUAUCUAUCUAUCUAUCUAUCUGUCUGUCUGUCUGUCUGUCUGUCUGUCUGUCUGUCUAUCUAUCUAUCUAUCUAUCUAUCUAUCUAUCUAUCUAUCUAUCUAUCUAUCUAUCUAUCUAUCGGAUAGAAGUAUAUGUACUGUGUUAAAAGAAGCGAACUUAAGAUUGACUAUGGACGACUCAAAGCCAAUACGAAAACCCUCACGUAAUCCGGACAACACAUAGGCCACUGCUGCCUGGUCAGGAUGAUGCUGCAGCUCUGUCUGAAAUUGAUCCAGCCGUAGUUGAGAGACCUGGGAGGCUGGGGCUAAUGGCGAGAAAGAAUGAACAGAAACUGCAACGCUGGGUAUACUAACUGGAACUGGAACAGAACAAGACGAUUUGACCGAGGAACGUAGAUCAAGCUGCCCCCUUGAAGACGCAACAAAACUAUUUACACUAUGUACACAAGCCUCACCGGGCAUAACCGCCCAUUCAGUACCGUACCCCUCUCCCCCCGGGUUGGGGAGAUCGGGAUCGUGCGCCAGAGGAGUUGGGAAAUGGACAAUUGAUCUGGGUGUGUUCACCCUCACAGUUACUGCAGCGGUGUCGAUAUUUGCACCUACCAAAGGGCCAGGGGCACUGGCCAUCAUUCCGUGAAUGACAACAAGGAGGGACCAGGCUGGAGUCACGGGAGGCGCAGGAAGUGGAGCUGAUGCCGUGGAAGAAGACGACCGAGGUGGCGGGGGUGAGGCCAUGGCUGGAGACCUUAAGUGAAAGUUGUAUAGGUCUAAGUUCAUCCUUCACCAGUCACUGAGGCUAGAGGCAGCCGCAUUCUUUCUGAACGCCAGGUCAUACUCUAAACAGGCUGAGCUAGAAAAAUGACGAGCCGUUUGAAUGAUAAGCAGCUUAUACUUGGAGAGAUCGGGCCAACGAUGAGGGUGAGCCGCGCACAGCACCAUCUGAAAAAUAGUGAAGGCUUCCGUCCAAGUCAAAAUGUCUUUUAUUUCCACUUGCCUGCGUUUUGACGAGGACACCACGAGCUUACCAUCGAGGAACGUUUGCGGCUCCUGCUCCACGGCGCGGAGGUUCACGGACAACAAAUCUGCCAACUCGACAAACUGGCCACCAACAAUUUUUGACACCAGUUUUGAAGGAAUAGGGGCAUGCCCAGGACCAACGAUAAAAGCCUUCUCAGACUUGGGAGAUGCCAACGAAGACUCAAGGCUUGGAAGACCGCUAGUAACGCCGGGCGAUACGAAAGUGGAGGGAGUAGGUGCCACGGGGCGGGCCGAGCUCGAGACGAUAAUGGCCGGCACUGGCACUAGACGUAGGAACAAACGCGGGAAGGGUAAACGUACCUGAAGCCACCCAAGAAACACCGUCACUUGUACUCGCAUUCGAAGCGGACGCUGAAGACAGUAAAGGUUGUGGAGCCCCGCUAGCAGAAACGCUUGGAACCGAUGAAUCGGAUCUGGAUCUCUGGAUCGUUGAAACAAUGGCGGGAAUGGAGUUUCCGAUUGCCCGAACCACAGCCUCGGUGAGGGAGUCAGCCAACUGAGGCGACCCAGAACUAGAAGCCGUACUCGACACAGGACUUUCAGACGUUGCCGUAGUUGGAAGGGAGUCUUCGGUAGGAAGGCCCGCCGAUAAGCUGUUGUUGGUCGAGCGAGGUGGGCGCGGCAUUACAGAGGACAACCAAAAACUCUCCAGCAGAGGACGAACCACAACAGGAACAACGACGAACAACGGUAACGAAAACCACUUCGACAGGAAAAAAACUUUGACAGAACCAAGAGAAAAAGCUAUGCUACUCGAACUGAGACACCAAGCUAACCAAAACUAGGGCAGAACCAAGAGAAACGCUACGCUACUGGAACGCCACGCCACGCCACACUAACAAAGCUUCGAGUACAACGCAAACACAACGUAGGCACGUGGCCUCCGCGUGCGCCAAAGCGACAUACCGCUGGACAGGAAUCUGCCCCCAUGCUCACGAACAAUGGUAAACGCUACAAACGCAAAUAUAGUCACGCACAAUGCUAGAGGCGACCAACGCGCUACCAAAGAAUGCCAAAAACACCCGAGACCACAGCUCUUAGUCGUUAACUACAUUAAAUAUGAUUUAAUAGUAUUCUAUCUGUAAAUAAAACUACUUGUAUGCUAGACUUGUAGGAUAAACACGUUCGUAAAAAUAUACUAUUACUUAAAAUAGGUUUUGUCACCUUAGACCCCCCGCGUGACUCAGACAAACUUUGCAUUCUACUCCAAGGCUUUGUAUUGGAAACAUACUUUUCCGACAUGAACAUUGUUCAGAAAAUUCGCAGUGAACGUUUUUAAUGUGUUUUUUGAGCAUAAUUCCAAUAUAUAAAAGGUACUACUGCCACUGGGAGUAAUACCUGGCCCAGUAACUCAAAUAAAUGGUUAAAAUCAGAAAAUAAAGCGACUCGAUCAAAGAAGGCUACUGAAAUCGGAUCCCUAGCUCUGUGUCUUUAAAUAGGCAGAAAGCACCGCUAUGCACUGAAACAUGACAUAACAUUAUUGGCUGUGUAAUACUCCAAACCGAAACUGGUAAAGAGAAAAUCGAGUUUGGAUGUGCUUCUCGCAAGCCUGUGACAGAAUAUCUAAGGUGAAAAGCACGCCAAUAUUAGCACAAACCGGAAAUUGUCUAAGUUUGUUCUGUUGUUGUGCGGCCAGGUAGACCAUAUGAAUUCGGGACGAAUACUUUAGUACUUUAUAUCCCCUAGUACUAAGUAGCGUAACAUAAGCACUCGAAAAAACAUUGAGCAACCUUUGCCUAUAAAUUUAACCAAAUUCACCGUUUCACGCACAGCUAUGAAGCCCUGCUCUCCACACAUUUUAACAUAAUUUUACCCACAUCAUUUUGACGCCGCAUAAGAAAUAAAACCACUCAUCUGUACAGUUUUUUCCACGUUUAACGCUGUCUUGGCACGCGUUGAUUAUUUUCAGGAUAUUUAUUAUCGAACCCAGGCUGGAUUUUGUUUCCUUUAACGCUAAACAUCUUCAAAGACGACGAAAAUUUGUUGCCGAACGUGACUUUCCCAUACUAAACUCUUACACUGGUCAGGUUUAAUGUCUGAGUCACAGCAGGGACCAGAAAUUUGUGACGUCAUUAGUAGAAAGCGCUAUUAUGGGAAGAUUGGUAACGUGAAACCAUUGACCGCCAACCGCAGUUUGUCGUUUGCAGUAAAAUAACCAAACCUCGAUAUUUUAAAAGGUCUCUAGUGUCCACUUUCGUACACUUUCAUUGUACUUCUGUUAUUAACACUAAAUUGAAAUCAUAGUCAGUCCCAUUUAAUGAAGUUAAAUUCAUAGUCCAGAUAAUAUCAUUGUUCAAUACGUUGGCACACUGUAAUUUUUAGAAAACAAAAUAUUCUUAUUUAUUUGCAAUAAUAGACUUUUAACUAUUAUCGUUCGUUUGCUUUAUCGUUAUAUAAAUGUUUCGUUCUUAGUCAUUGCAGGCAACAAGAUAAACGUUACAAUGACCAUCAAAGAUGAUAAAGAAUGCUCUGAUGCGAAGGGACAAUACAAUAAAUCUUCAUUGUCACGGGAACUUUCUGUUACGGUAAAGUUGCAACUGUAGUGUCAAUAUGGGUUUGCUAGGAGGAUUUAAUCAGCGUAAGAAGUGUUUUUGUUUUUCAAGCCUACUGCUCUGAUCAAGUUUUCAAGAAAGCGCAGUAAAAUUAGAAACCCCACCAUGAAGGGACAUGUUUUGUUUACAUAAGCCUUUGUAAAACCAAAAUGUAAACUUGGCCUUAAUAGGUAUGGCUAUGUUUAAUUCCCCUCAAGUUACCACUGGCCACGCGCGCGUCUCUAUUCUAAAAGGUACAACCUUGGCGUUUCUUUCAGUAGCUAUCAAUUCGAACGAAUGGCGAAUUCCGAAAGAAAGACAUUGAGCAAACCUGACAGUUAAGAAACGGUACAGGAUUUUUGAAGAAGGGUCAGACCGAGGAAAGCGCUUUUGGAUUCGAAAUAACUGACAAGUAAGCCCUAGAAAGGGGGCCGAAACCUGCAAACAAAAGUCUAGCCCCCAAGGAAGAGACAAUUUUGACCCUGCCAUGGUGGGUGACCCUAUAAUGUUUAAAUCGGACAUUUACAUCGGUGGAAAUUUCGAAUCAACGCUGUGAUUUAGGGUGCCUGUGGCCCCUAUUGGCACCAUCUUUUCGCUCCAUGUAAACAGGUGCCUAGUUUAGCCUUUGUAGCGAGCAUUUCUACGCGGCAUACAACAUACCGCGGAAAUGCUUACUACACGGGCUUUUGUGAACUGGACUAUAAUCUCCAACCUUUCUCUUUUUUUAAAUUCUGUUAAUUUCUAGAUGAGGGGAGUGUUUGCUGGUGAAAGUAGCUACCUCAGAACAACUGUAAAUAAUGUCAGGUAAUGAAAAAACGGCAUUUUUGAUUUCCAAUUAAGAGCCACAUCGAACAGCAACAGUAUAAAUCUAAAAGUAGGUUGAGUUUGAUCGUCCGGGUGAACGUAGUCCUGAAGAGGACUGUUGUUGUUGACAGUGACUGACGUUUCGACAACCUGUGCGGUAGUCAUCUUCAGAGUCAAAGUGAGUUGUAUCACGUCAGUUGAUGGUAUUAUACUCUGGUUAUUGAUGGUUAUUAUACUCUGGUUAUUGACACUGAUUCCAACACUCAGACCAACUCUGGCCCUGUUAGGACAGCGACUAUACCGUACAUCCGAGGCACCUCUGAAACUAUUGCACGUAUAUUACAACCUUACAAUAUACAUGUUGCACACAAACCGAUAACCACUUUACGGCGAGUGCUUACUAAUGUCAAGGACAAGGACAAACCGGAGGACAGACAGGGAGCAGUAUUCAAGAUCAAAUGCUGCGACUGCCAGGCUUCUUACAUUGGUGAAACCUAAGCACGCGACGGACCGAACACAAACGAGCGACGAAGAAUGGUGACGUCAACAGUAAUUGCUGAGCACCAUUUAAAGACGGAACAUCAAAUUGACUGGGACUCUGCGACAUGUAUAACGUAUUCUACAGACUACUAUCAACGUCUUACUUUAGAAAGCUGGUUUACUAACUUAGAACAAACGCCACUGAAUCGUAGCCAACAGUUACCAGCGCCGUACAAACGUCUUAUUGACUAGAUCAAGCAAAACUAACUACGAGAGAAUGACAAUUUGACUAACAAUAGACGACUGUUUAACUGUGACAGUAGACGGAUCGAAACGCACCAAUUACUGAUUACGAGUCUUCAUAGACAAUAACAUCACGGCUUAACUGCCAGACGACCAGUAACAUCGCGACGUAAUUGACCAAUCAGAUCAAUAACCAGAGUAUGAUACCCCCAUCAACUGACGUGAUACAACUCACUUUGUCUCUGAAGGUGACUACCGUACAGGUUGUCGAAACGUCAGUUACUGUCAACAACAACAGUCCUAUUCAGGACUACGUUCACCCGGACGAACAAACUCAACCUACUUUUGAAGUGACUCCUGAGUUCAAACCUUUCACAGUAUAAAUCUAGUGUUCUUAGUCGAGAUUAUUUACAUGUAAAACCUCGCUUUAUCUCUGGGUACCUGCUUAGCGGCCCGUUUUACAGUACGCUUUUUUUUCUUUCACAUUGUGAGUAAGGAGGCCUUGUCCACAACGAUAAUCGAACUCGGUACUCCUUUUCAUUUAGAUGUAUGUGCCUCAUUACCAUUUAGUGCCAUCAAGACACAUCUUCACGAUGAAAGAACUUACCCUAUAGUGAAAAAUUCACCAUUUGCGAAGGAGUUAGUCAAAAGUGUGACUUGCUUAACAUUUGGUGAUUUCCUUUUUAGUGGACCAACGGGUGGAAGGAAGCCCAAACUCAGAUGAUAUAUUGAAUCUCUAAUAACCUUGUUUUUUUCUUAUAGAUGUGGAAGUGUGAUUGUCGAUCUCACCCUGAGUUUUAGUGCCAUCGUCACCGAAAAGCGGAUACUAAAUAUACUUCAAGACGCCGCUAAGGAUGGGACGCUUGGAAAUCUCAAUGUAGAUGCUUCAUCCAUUAAAGGAACACGAGCAGAUAUUCUAGUUGCAACCCGCCCAGCCAUUGGUAAAACUACACCAAAGCCACGUGAUGGUAUGAUUUUAAGUAAAAAGUGUUUUCUUUUGACAUAAUUUAACCUUGAGUUAUAAUUAUUUGAAAGUCCCACAUGUUCAGCUAAACACUGUUCUGGCCAUCUGAGGCUCUUGUUACCCUUUUACUUGCAUCUGAGGUGGUGGCUAUAUGGAAUAAGCUCAUGUUUAAUUUCCACAUUGUAUGACUAACCAAUUUCGGGGAACUGUCUGGAAAUAUCAAAUAUUUAUGAACUGGGUUAACUGCACCACACUAUUUGUUUUGAUUUUUCUUUUCUUUUUUGAUCAGCAUAGCCUCUCCUCUAUAUUGUCUGUUAAGUUUCAAGUUCAAGUUUAUUUAUUAUAUAUUAAAAACAACUAUUACAAUCAAAUCUGACUGACCUGCAAGUAGCUAAAAUUAAUCGAGGCAGGUCAGUCUCACCAGUUUUAAAAUAUUACAGGUGUAAAAAAAGGUAGGAGUUUUUCAGAAAAAAGGAGAGAAAUGUAUAAGUAAUAUCGUUCCACAUUAAACAAAAACAAAGGAAAACUAAUUAAAGGACAAAACAAAAGAAACAUUUAUGAUGAUAGGUACUACUGUAGUUAUAUAUGUAGAAGGACGAGUUGUAAGUUAAUAUUUUUUAAGUCUGGCCAUGAGUUUGUCGUUACCUAUUUAGUUGUCUUCGGUUUUCGGUAUGUUUAGUAAAGCUCCUUUUAGUUUUUUUUACCUGAAGGUCUUCCUUGAUAUGUUGUUUUAAGCUAUUUGGCAUCUCAUUCCAUAUCUUUGCGCCAUCGCGAGAGAAUGCAUUCUUUUGUACGUCAAGUCUAGAUUUUUUUAUGUAGAAAUUUUGUGAAGUUGAUGAUCGUGUAGAAUAGUGAUGUGAAUUUGAUGUCCUUGAAAACAAGUUCAAAAUAUUUAUCGGUGCAUUUCUUUUGUCUGUGUCGUGCAUUAAGUUUAAGACGGAUUCAUAAGACAAGAAAUUUAAUGACAAUAAUUAAGCAUUCACAAGUAAAGGAAUAGCACGAUCCUGUCUAUUUGCAGAAUAUAUUAAGAGUAUAAGUGCACGUUUUUAAAGGUACGUAUUUGUCGAGAUACGUUUUUCAGGCGUUUCCCCCAAGAUACAAGACCAUAGCUUAAGUAAGCUGUAAUCAGUGCGUUGUAAAUGUUCACAAGAACAGAAGAAGGUAUAAAGUGCGUUAGUUUAGAUAGCAUACCAAUCGUUUUACUUAUCUUGCUGGCAAUUGUGACAAUAUGUUUUCUCCAAGAAAGAUUCUCAUCUAUUUAUACUCCUAGGUAUAUACGUUACUGUUUCAUUCGUUUUAUUUGUUGUUUAAUAAGGUAAUUCAGCUUUUUCAAGGUAACCAAGAUUUGAGGUUUUCUUUUCAGUGAUAUUUUUUCUUAUGCGUAACAUGCCAUGCAUGACUUUGCAAAACUACAAUCGAAAGUAUAAUACAGUUUAUACAGAUUUUACCACUUGUAAGCAACUUUGAAGUAGAAAUGUGUGGUAACUUAAGGACUGUUGUUAUAACCUCGUGAGGCCUGCAUGGUUUUUUAAGGCAAACUUACUCCGCACAACUCACCUUCUUUCUAUGUGUGUAAGAUAUAUGCGUUACGGUUCUUUUGGUGAUCUCGCAGUACUAAAAAAUGUGUCAAAAAUAUUAUUCUAUAUGGUGAUUUAAAAUCUUUCUCACCGCAAAAAAAUCUUCUGAUGUCUCUCUACUUGCAAAUGUGGAAGUCUAACUGUCAAACUGGCUCUUGAAUUUAUAUCGAUUGUAUCAGAAGCUUUGAUAGUUGAUACGCUUCGAACAGCUGCCACAAAUAAUUUUGGAGAAUUCGCAGUUAACGCUUUAUCCAUAAAAUGAAUUCUUGUUACUAAAGUACAGUCACGCAACCUACUGAAAAAACUACAGCAACAUCCUCAAUGCAUGAUGGUAUGACUUAAUUCGACAUCAAUAGUUUCUCCAGCGAUUUUCAGCAAUCGGGUACUGAUUUAUGGUGUUUUAAGGUAAUGCAACUACAGGCUUUUUGUGGGGUAAUAUAUAUUUUUUCUAGUUUGGGAUAGACACCAAAGGGUGUAAAAAAAAAAGGAAAAAAUUAAAUGAGUAGGAUUGAAAAGAAUAUGAUUAAUAUUAGUUAUUUUUUUGUACCAGUAGUGUAUAUAUAUAGACAUCGUUUCAUUCAUUUAUUUUCUUCAUCUAUAAAUUGAUGAGAGCUUUAGUUAACGGUAAGAGUGUGAGCUAUAAGGGGGUCUGAUAAUUGACCCUCAGGUACACUGACAAAAAGGUGUUAAUUCUAUGAUCGUGAAUGCCUUUGUCUUUCUUUAUUUAAAGUUAACUCGCAAUUCAUGAAAUAAGGAAUUGAAGUGAAACUACAUAUAUGUGUUAUUUGCCGGCCGGGAGGUCCGUAUAGGUAAAAGAAAAACUUUGAGCGAGGUACUCAAUUCUGAGAGCACAACAACCGGCAAAUAGCGUAUUCAAAUCUUUUUCCUACCCAUGAUAUUUUCAGGUAAAUUCUGCUUCAGUGUUAAACUUAUGUGUGUGGGUGGGCGUGUGUGUGUGUGUGUGUUGAUGUAGCGCGCUACCGCGAAAACUGAAUUUUACAGCGUUUUUACAUGUAGUUAUCGUCACGUGUAAUUAUUAUCACAAGUCAAAGUUUCCUCAUUAUAAAGAAAGGUGUGUAUCUUGAUAGACAAAUCAAUAAAUCUGUUUUCGUGUCAAACAAGUAUAAAAGAAUCAGCAAACUCGAGAAAAGUUAGUAUGAUAUUGUAUGAUCUAUCAAUGCUCUUCGUCCCUUUAAAAUUAAAGUGCAUCUCAAACAUACACAGUAGUCACCAGUAAUCAUGGAAGGUUCAGCAGCGUAGUUGAAAUUGUUUUUCGUUAUAACCAUUGCAAUGGAUCGCAGCGCUAAACUAUUCCAAUAAAAUGGUAAGCCUGUGGUAAUGACUCCUUGUCUAAUUCCAGACGAUAAACUACCAAUCAUUCUUGCUAUCGUCAUACCUAUUGUUGUGCUUGCUGUCUUUGCUGGAGUCUUCGCUUUGUGGCUGUGGAGGAGAAAUAAGGACAAGAAGAUGGCGAAAAAGGGUGAUUAAAUAAAGUUAUAUAACUAAAGAAAUUUGUUCGAGCCCUCUGUGCUCAAUUUGCAAAACAAGCAGUACAGGCGAAAUUUUGGGAAGGAUUUCGUACAAACCCCAACAUUUAUAAUGCAUGCUGUAAUUUUAAACCUUUUCACACAAAUAGCUUACAUACAUCGCUGGAAACAUCAAUGCAUAAUAAAUGUAUGGAGAUGUGCGGAUAUAUCACCAGAAUUUAAUUCCCUUAAUUCUUAGAGCACUGCUAGGUAAUUAUAGACUUCGCUGUUAUAACUUGGUAAAUUUUAAGAAUAAAAUUUCUAGACUAUCAAACUAACAAAACCGUGAACAUCUCGGAAAUAUUUGAAAACUGUUUAUUGUGAUGGCGACCAAUCACAACAUGGAUCAGGACACACUUGCAUGCCACAGGACCACAGUCUAAUUAAAGCACAGGAAGCUCUGUGGAAGUUCGUUUGCAUUUAAAUUUUAUAAGAGAAUGUAUGAGAACAAACAAAAUGGGUUCUAAAUUUCGCUUUUUUAAUUUUUGAAAAGAUUCGAAUAAAAUGGCUCACCUGUUUGCUCUGUAUGUUACAGAUCAGUUCGCUUCUCGAGUCAUUUAGAAGCCAUUUCGGCGAGUUUUAGACUUUUGAGUUGUACGUACCAUAAAAAAGGGAAAAUUAGUCAUGCUUCAGCAUUUUACUCCUCAUUGGUGUCGAGUAAGUGUCGAGUUAGGUCGAAGUAAAUCAUUAAUAUGCACAUGGGUCGAGUCCGUAACGUCACCCACUGUUAUAAUUAAUUUAGGGGAAAAGUGCGUUCCUCCAUACGUAAUAGGUGCGUUCCUCCAUUCUUAUUAAGUGCCUUCCUCCAUAUAUAGUGAAGUGGAUAGGUUUAUUGAUGAGCGAAUACUACAAUAGGCCGCAAUAGGCUUGCCUCGACUUGCCCGUUAAGUAACUUGAGCCCGGUUUUCGGACCGUCUAUUAAAGGAAAAUAGGAGCAAUCACCUAGGAACGCGAGAAACGGCUUCUUAUAUCUUAUUUAGCGCUAAAACUCGGAUACAUCUACAAAACUCACGCACAUAUACACAAAGUGUAAUAAAAUUGUGGAGGAGGGAAUAAAAACAUUGAAGCGGGAAAAUAAUAAAAUUGUGGAGGAGAGAAAAAAAAAUUGAGGAGGGAAAUAAAAAUGAAAAGGGAGAGGGGUAAGUAAAACAUUGUGCGCAGUGUAAAAAAGGACUGCUUGCCUUCUUUGACUAUUUUAAUAGAAUCUUUAAUAUGAUCUUUUUGCAAUUAUUUUAAUAAAGGGUCAUAAAGUUGAUUUCUUGUGUCUUAAGAAACGUGUCUGGUUUUAUUGUAGCAAUUAUUAGUCGCGUCUUUCAAUUGAUCCUUGUUAAGUUAUUAAUUGUUUUUUUUUGUGUGUGUUUUUUUUUAUAAUAAUAAGUCAAGAUGCUCUCGUGGGGUUUUUACUGCAGAGCUAAUUUUUAUGCAAUGGUGGGCUUGUGAACUCGCAUAAUUACCUGACUAACGGCGCGUGAAAUGCUGAGAUAGAACGGAGAAAACGCUUCUGUAAUAGUCAGACAAAAUUGAAAUAGAGAGUUUUCAGCUCCACUUUGUGUAUAUGUGCGUGUGUUUUGUAGAUGUAUCCGAGUUUUAGCGCUAAAUAAGAUAUAAGAAGCUGUUUCUCGCGUUGCUAGGUGAUUGCUCUUAAUUCCUUUUAAUAGACGGUCCGAAAACCUGGCUCAAGGUACUUAACGGGCAAGUCGAGGCAAGCCUAUUGUGCCUAUCGUAGUAUUCGCUCAUUAGUAAACCUAUCCACUUCAUUAUAUAUGGAGGAAGGCACUUAAUUAGUAUGGAGCAACGUACUUAUUACGUAUGGAGGAACGCACUUUUCCCCUAAGUUAUAACAAUGGGUGACGUCAUGGACUCGACCCACAUGCAUAUUAAUGAUUUACUUCGACCUAAAUCGACACUUACUCGACACCAAAGAGGAGUAAAAUGCUGAAGCAUGGCUACUGGGAAACGUCCCUUACCAGAAUAAACGGGAGGGUUAUUUAUUAUAACAGAGAUGUAAAGUAAUAAUACCAUAGUACAGAAGGGAAACGUAGGGCUCUUAUAAAACUAGUUUUUUUGCAGACUUUUGGAAUGUUAUGGAGGACAUUUGUCUUAACCAAAAACCGUUAAAAGACGUUACAAAACAAAAAACAAAAAAAUGGAUGAAAUGAAAAAAGCUGAUCUGUUGUGGAAAUUCAACGCCUUGCAUGGAUGGCAAAUUAUUGUCCUUUUCAUAUAAAUCUGACCUGACCGUUUUCCGCCGAGAUAAUUAGCGACGGAAUCAAAGCUCAACCUUAAAAGCAUUCCUCUACUAAUAUCCAGUCGAGCUACCUUAACUAACGGCGUUGUUACUUUAACACCCUGCUAAGUUUAACCUUAUAACCUUAAUUCUCUCAUAGGGAUAGCAAAAGGAGGAAGGUAAUCUCAUGUUUUGGUGGUAGCUUAAUUAGUCCCUUGAUUAAUUCGACAAAAAUAAGACAUUUGACUAGUACUCUUCUUGGCAUCGUUAUCUUCGAGCAAUGUUAACUCACUUGGUAAUAUUUUUCCCCAGAGACAAAACAUUUUACAUUUAACGUCAAAUUACUUAAUUCUUAUAUGUGGACGCAACGUGGCUGAGUGGUUAGAGCGUUGGACCGCCCUGACCGCUAGCUGGAUUUGUUCUCGCUAGUCCCGAGUGCGGUUUGUCGGCGUCGCAUGUGAAAAAGCCAACUGGUUUACCUUCUAUAAUUUGGAAUUCUGAACAUCGUUAUGUUGUCUUUCAAUUAUUUGCUUAACGCUCAUUAUCCCUUAAAAGGAAAACUAGGGGACCAGAUGUGUACACUUUUUUAUUUCCAUAAAUGACGCAAAUAUAACUGUAAUCACUCAUUUAAAAAAAAAGAGAGCGAACGUCGAGCUUGCAUAUAUGUAUUCUAAUUUACUGUUUUCUUGAACCCUUUUAGGCUGUAUGCUACUACAUGUGAAAAAACAGGAGAAUUCCAUGUAUGUUUCAUGUCAAAUAGCUAAGAAAAAUAACACAUCAUAUACCCAGUGCAAAAAUGGGUCAUGUAGCAGCUGCUCGGAAGAGAAGUUACCAGUGGUGCGUUUUCCUGACCCAAAAAAAACACUAAAACAAUUCGAAGAAUGACACGUCAUUGUUUCCUGCGACCAAUUAGGAGAGACCUUACGAGUUACGAGCAGCUCCUACACUACUCCCAUAAAUGGCUGCUCGAUUACAUGUAAUAUUCGUUUAGUUAAAUUCAAAUUAGCCUGAUUAACCUCCCCUGAGAUAAAGUAUUCUUUGGAGUUUUGCACUUAAAAACAAGGCUAUACGGCUAAUUUGAAUUUGUAAAAAAAAAAUAUGUCAGUUAAUUUUAAGAUUGUUUCCCGUAAUUCCAGUGCAGUAAAUGCGCAUUUUUGAUAAAGCUGCCUAGAUAUCAGCCAAGUUUCCGUUUCUGCGGAAAGAGCAAGGCUUGUAAUCCUAAAAGUAGUAUAGUAAAUUAAUCUCAUUAACGAAUAUUUUAACAUCGAUCAUCUCAUAGAUUUUUGAUUUUGUCUCUUGCAUAAAAAGCGGUGGAAUACCAUAUAUCUUCUUUCUAGCCUUUCUAGUCUGCUGGUAGGAGAUUGUUAAAGGUGGUUUCCAGUGUUUCAUGUGUGACAAUGCUCCUUAAUCGUGACACCAAAGAAAGCCCUCUUUUAUGUAAUUUCUCUUUUCGAGGAUCUGGUGUGUCUACGAUCACAUGUAGGGCAAAUCUUGUAAUCAUUCGGAUGCGUACAAGUUAGAAUUCACAUGGACUUUAAAGAAAGGGAAAGAUGGUCGUCGUUUUAGAGCAACCACUCUCUUGGGGUUCCUUGGCUUCACUACCAUUCGCAGAAACUAUUCCAGAAACAUGGCUGCAAAGAAUAUAGAAAUGGGGUGGUGGUCGUGGUGCCUGAACGUAUGUUAAUGAAGAUUUUCCCGCAUUUUUUUUCCUGAGUGAAAGAAAAAAGUUACGAUAUCUUGUGUUGGCCUAUCAUUCCUCAAUUUUUUGAGAUUUCUCUCCGAAAACGCGGUAAAACAUCGCUACUUCUGAGAUGGCCUCAACUCGCCCGCUUUGGGUAAAACGUGUUUCAUUUGUACAGAUCUGAGUGCUAGGCAUAUAGUAAAGUAUAAUUAGGUUCUGUAGACUAAGUCAGGUUAAUUGAAAGAGGCUGUCCUUUUUCUUUAAGUUACUUAUUCACUUGAAUGUCGUGUGGACAACAACCUACCUAGCCUGCGAAAACAUCCGAUUCUCAUCGCUCUUCGCCGCUGGGGACGUUUCGCGAGAAGGAAGGUCUGCGACUCAGCGGUAGAAAUUCCAUACUGAUGGCGCAAAUCAAUGUUUACAUAAUAAAUCCGGUAGUCAUGGGGUUCCAAAUAUAAAUUUGUCCAAUUUUACGUGUCUUCUGGUCUAUUUUGGUAAACUGUUGUGUUCAUCUGCCAACGAGCUCCAGCAGACCUCGAAUGCUUCUUGUCGAAGAGAGUAUAUUCCACAAAUAUUGACUGUUUUGAUAUUGAUUGUGCGGGUUUGCAUUUGACCUUCGUGGCCUUUUAUCUUUUGUCCGUCAUUCGUAAACAAUAGCUAAAACAAUGAAACUACCCCGUCGACCAAUCAGCUCUUCUGAUCGGAUUCCGGACAGAUUUUACGUCAUCACUAUGGAAUUUCUGUCGCUGAGUCGGAGAUGUUCCUCCGCGCGAAACGUCCCCAGCGGCGAACAGCGAGGAGAAACGGAUGUUUUCGCAGGCUAACAACAACCGUAUGAAGAUAAAUCUGAAGUCAAGCGUCGUUUUGCAGCGUUUAUUUUACAUAUAUUGAACAGGGGCGACUUGAAAAAAGUGUUGUUGAAUGGAGAUACCUGAUAAAUACGUUAAAAACGUCGCAAUAAAUUAAAAAGGUGACCAUAUUCGUGAGGCAAAUGAUUAACGCGAGCGUAACAGUGCAAUAUCUCUGUACAAAAAUUAGAGUUGAAAAUAUUACGAGGUUUUUCGGUUCUGUUCUGGUUAUCGUUUUACAGUUGUUCCUUUGCUUGAUAUUUUGUUAUUUUUUUGUUUUAGUCCUGUUUCAUUUUUGCGUUAGUGAAAUCAAAAGAAUGGUACGAUUCUCAUAAAAGGUGGAUAUCGACAAAAAAGUAAACAGUCAAGUUUAGUGGUCUUUUCUCGUUUAUCUAAGGCUGCAGUGCAAGUGGAUAAUCGUAAACCAGAACAAAUUUCCAUGAGACAAAUGACUUCAGAGGUUUCGUCUGGACAUUAUAUGCCACUGGUUAAGGAACGCCAAUCAUCUGGCUCACCGAAAGUCAUUCCGUCAAUUGACGCUUCAUCAUUAAGCCAGUAUGAACCGUUAAACCCAUCAUCAAUUUCUUACGAGAUUCUUCGCCAGAACGUGAUUAUUGAGAAGAUAAUUGGCAAAGGUGCUUUUGGUAAGGUUGCCAGGGGAAAGAUUAAAGGCCUACAGAAAAAAAGACAACAUGUCACACAGGUGGCUGUCAAAAUGUUAAAAGGUACAAGAUAACUUGAUUAAUCACUGUGCAUGUAACUGAUAAUGUGCGAAUAGGCUAACGGGAAAAUAAAGGAAUGUAACACAAACGAUUCACAAUGAAAACUCUCUUUACCUCACCUUUCAGCUGACGCGCCGGACUCCGACAGGAAGGAUUUGUUAUCAGAGCUUGAAGUGAUGAAGACGUUAAAGCCUCAUCCGCACGUCAUCAAACUGCUUGGAUGCGUCACCGAAUCUGGUAGGUUAUUUUUUACGUAAGCUGUCUUUAGUCACCAAUUACCAUGCUGCAAGUAAAGGGUCAUUCCUGUUAUUUUAAUUGUACUUUUUUCAGUCUGAGUCAAGUCUCUUUGUCCGUGAAUGACUAAAUGAAUACAUCGUUUUUUACUCAGAGCCCUUGUUCGUCUUGAUCGAGUAUGUUCCUUACGGGGAUCUCCUGGGUUACCUGAGAAAGAGCCGUGGAUUAAACGACACUUAUUUCAAAGACCCAGAUAUCAAACCACAAACAAGUCUGACGUCACAACAGUUGAUGAAGUUUUCUUGGCAAGUUGCUGAUGGAAUGAGUUACCUCUCAUCGAGAGCGGUAAGCUAAAAUAUUUGAUUAUUAUGUAUUCAAAGUCUGGUUUAGACUGUCUCUAUUUUACCCAGAAAAAUUAGAUACAUACUAGCAGUGAAGAACACACUCAGGUCCCCUCACUUUCAGCUACGUUUGCUCUGGCGUUUUGAUAAACCCCCUCGACAAUGACGAUUUCAUAAAACUUAUUUCCGGCUGGACUGAUGUAGAUGAAAAAUGUAAAAUGAAAAAUGUGUGAAAUGAAAUCUCACAUUGCAGAUUAUUCAUCGAGACCUUGCCACUCGAAAUGUUCUGGUUGGAGAAAAUGAAACUUGUAAAGUGACAGACUUUGGAAUGGCAAGAGAUGUGCAAGAACAAAAUAUUUAUGAAAGGAAGACAAAGGUUUGUAUUAUAUUGGAAACAAACCUACAGUAUAGGACUGGCACGCAAUCCUUUUCACUCCACAUUACCUGUGGAGGAAAAUACGUAAGGUUUUGUUGAUUAUGUCCUUGCUUUCUAGGUUUCAUGCUUUAAGAGUUGCUCCCAAAACUAUUGGCCACGAAGUUAGGGCAGUGUGUGUAAAGCUGAUAAAACAUUUGACAAUCCUAAAAAAAGCAUAAGAGACUAUUUUGCCGGCGGUCACGAAAACAUGGGAUUACAUUGCAUAUUUUAGGUGUUUAUGCUUGUCUGAGUGAGGUGAUAUAAAGACGUCCUUUGCCAAGCAUAAAUUUUUAAUUCAGCUGCAUAUAAAAGAAGAUUGCUAACUUUAUACCUGAUAAAAGUCUUAGAGAACGGCUAAGUUGUAGUGAAAACUUUUUUCGGUUUUGUUCUUCCACACUAAGACAGGAAGAAAGUGUAAAAAACAAAGUUGCGUGUAAACGAAGCCUGAGUUUUAUUUUUGCAGCAACCGAUUAUUGUAAAAAUUUAAGAUGGCUUUCUGACCUUUUAUUUCUGAGUGUAUUUUUCUACCGAGUCGGACUUUCUUUUUUGCUAAGAUACAGGGAAGCAAGGAAGUACAUUACUUUCUCAUCAUCUUUCACUUCCGCCUACUUUUUGCCAACACGCUAUUCCAUGUUCGUCGUCCAUUUGUCUUAUGGUCAUUUACUUUGUUGAUUUGUAGGGUCGUUUACCAGUGAAGUGGACCGCAUAUGAAGCCCUGCUUUACGGACGAUACACCACCAAGAGCGACGUGUAAGAAAACUUUCUAUAUAUGCAUGUAGCGACGAAAUUCACUCUUGUUUACGGACCUUUAUUUCCAAUACUGCAAGGACGGCUACAAUCAUGAAUCGUGACAAUACACGAAGACAAUGUUCCAAACAAUACAGUCGUCAAUGCGUCGAAACCGAUCAAUUUUGGUCGUUACUUCGAGUGAAUGCCCAAGCUGCAAACACUCGCUGAAACGUAUCAAAAGGCAACUAAAAACAAAGUCACAUGACCUCUAAAGGCGGGAAAACAAAACGAAACAGGGAACCCAGCCGCUACAAUGCAUAAAUAAUAGGGUAUUUGCAGAACAGAAGCUCGUCAUCGCGCCACGUGAAAAGAAGGAAGCAUGCAACACGGUUAAUGUCACUGGGUUAACCAGCGUCAAUGACGCAAAACUAUCCCUCUCCCAUCUCUAAACUAGAAGUGAAAAAAAUGUGUAUUACGUGUAAAGAACCGAAGAACUUUUUUAUUUUUAUUUAUUUAAAUUGUAGCCGCAGAUAUGUGUCUUUUUGUUUUCAUAGGUGGAGCUAUGGAGUCUUGCUUUACUAGAUAUUUACAAUUGGUAAGGUCCUAUAGCUAUUAACUUACUGUGGUUUUCGAAGUUUUUGCUAAAACAUAGAGAAUGUUCCGAAAGAAGAGAGGUAUUACGUUUUAACAUAGUUUAGAGCUCAAGAAUGCAUAUAUUAUUUGUAUAUAUUUGUGUUUUCCGCGCAAAUCGCCAUCGAUAACUUGCUGCGGACGUUAGAACCCCGAGCAGUGCCAAAUGUGAUAAUGGCGAGCAACAAGAGCGCUGACCUCAUAAAUGUCGUGAACAAAAAUCGGAAGUUGGCUGCUUUGCUUGACAGGACGCUGCUUUUUAACCCAAGGAUUUUGAAAGCCUUUCUUUUAACACAUAUUCGUGACGUUGAGUCAGAUCACCGCUCAAGUAGUUAAGUGGUUUAUCUCGGGAAAAUGGUUUAUUCGCUAUAACUUCGGUAAAGAUGAUGGCGCUGUAUCAAAUUUUGGCACACAUAUAGAACUCAUCGCCUUCAACAUUUUAUAGCAAAUAGUGUGUUAAUCAGUCACGUGAUAUUUCACGUCAUCAUGCAUUUUACGAAAAAUCGUAAAUUAUUGACCAGUUGGUGGCCGGUUUCAGAAAAGAAAUCGAGCAAUACCAUCUUUCUUAUUCAAAUUAAGUACUUCUGAUACUUCACGUUUGGAAUUAUAGUGCAUGACACUUCGAGAAAUUAUGAGAAAACAUCAUUUUAAAUGUCCAAAUUUAAUCUUCAAUUAUUAAAAACUUGAAUUUUGAACUUUGCACACAUUCAUUCCAAAGGUAGCAAGUUAGGCAUGUUUAUCCUCUUUCAAAGUAAAUUCCCUACCAAUUCGCCAAUUUCCCACCGAUUCCCCACCAACAGGCCAAUUUCCAUAUUUAGACGUUGAGACACAACAACACCUCAAGAUUUACUUUUGGGGAAAACUUAUUUUGUUCUAGGUCUCCUAGCGAGAGAUAUUGCCAAUCAUUCAUUCAAACACGCCUUUGACCCAUGCCUUAAACCCCUUGAGUGAAAGAUUGACUCGUUGAGAAGCCUUUUCAGAUUAACCUCUGGUUGAACUGUUUGACAUCCAAGGAGACAAUUAACUGUCUCUCGCUACAGUGCGAAAGUUCGCUGACAAUUGAAUACUGUCACCUUAUUGCAGCAAGAACUUACACCAUGACUUAAAUUGACGGCUUUUUGUAGUUUCUCUGGUGCCAAAAUGAGACAGAUAAAGAGGCGAGUGUGUAAAUAAAUUGUCCUUACAGCCACAGUUAGCUCCUUCCAUUUUGAGUAAAAACAGCAACAAAGACAACAACAAAUUUUGGGAGAACUCAUGCCUUGUAAUAAAGUAUUGUAACAGCUGGUCACUUUCUCCUUUUUAGGGGGUUCUCCAUUUCCACGAAUGGAUGGCAGGAAGAUUGUAAGCUUACUUCAGCACGGAUACAGGAUGCCUAAAUCACAACAUGUUGAUGAUGAACUGUAA